AUGUCCGUCGACGGAGAAGGUGAUGUCUCGUUGACUCAAAAGGUCCCCCCUACUCUUGACUCCUUAGACAAUAGGCUCAGAGAUAUGUUUGAAAACUUUGCCCUCCAGUUUGACGCUAUGUCCAAGAGGUUAGUUGCUUUUGAUACCCGUAUUGAGGAGUUGUGUACCCGUGUGGAUGACGGUGAUACUGAGAUUAGGACAAAUUUCCAGCAACUUCAGGCGAAUAUCAACCGUGAUUUUAUAAAUAUUCAGAACGAUCUCUCUCAUCAACAACUAUGCUGUCAGGAAACCCAGAAAACCAACACCCUCACAUAUCACCAAAUCCAAAACACUGUCAAAACCCUCACUAGUAGAGUAAGCAUGGUCGAAGGUCAAUCUGCCCGUCUAGCUGCCCUGGAAAAUGUUGUCCGGAACCCUAUCUCUGUCUCUAAACCUCUUUCUACAACCUCGUACCCCCUAGCCUGUUCUCAAGCCCCAGCCAAUAUCAGCUACCAACCCCCUGCACAAACUUUCAAUAAUAAUAUUUCCGCUAUGCCUCAAAUUUCAAGUAAAGAUAGUCAACCCCUCUUACAACACUCUUUUAAUAAUUCUCAGCCUUUUACACAAAAUUCAUUUAAUAAUCUGUUCACCUCAACUACAAUUACAAAUUCACUUCCCACACAACCGGCUGCCCCGUAUCACACUUCAGUCUAUUCGGCACCUCAACACCAAUGUACAUUUUCAAACCCUAGCACAACUAGUAAAUGA